GAGAAAAAAAAAAUCCUAAAGUUGUUUAGUUAUCAGAAAAACGAAACCUUUCUCAGAUUGAAAUCGAAAGCACGGAUCUUUAUUCAAAUCUGCAGGAUCCUUUCAUGAUUUCGAAGAUCUGUAUAUCAAUUCUCAGAUCAGAAGCUUCAUCGAGUUGAUUAUAUGCUGUGUUUGCAGAUCUGGGUUUGGUUAUAUUUCUGAGUAAAUCUCUCACCCAACACCAUGUGUAAUCAAAGACCAAAUCUUUUAGGGUCUCUCGUGUUGUUGGGUUUCUUCAUCUUCUUUGUUAAUGGAGAAGAAUGCUCUAAUUCAAGCUCAUUGAUUGGGCACGAGUCUGAGUUCAAGAUGUUGCAACAUCAGCUUCGUGGGGUUUUCACUGUUGUUGAUGAUUGUUCGUUUAGGGUUUCUCGUUUCGAUAUGCUUCCUGGUUCUGAUGUUCAUUGGUGGGGUGCUAUGACUUCUGAUUUUGAGAAUAUGACUAGUGAUGGCUUUGUUAUCUCUGAUCAGAAGCUUAAUCAAACAUUCAAAAACGCAUCUUUUAUUGUUCGUUUGAUGGGUAAUGUUACUUGGGAUAAGUUAGGUGUGGUUUCGGUUUGGGACUUACCUACUGCUUCUGAUUUUGGGCAUGUUCUGCUUUUGAAUGCGACGGAAUCGGCUGAAUCACCUCCUUCAGAGGGCAAUGAUGUUGCUCCAGGGAAAUCGAAUAACAGUGAGCCUUUUAAGGCUCCAACCAUGUUUGAUAAUUGUAAGAAACUUUCGGAUAAGUAUAGGCUCAGGUGGAGCUUGAAUGCAGAGAAAGGUUAUGUUGAUAUUGGUCUAGAGGCUACUACUGGUUUAUUGAACUACAUGGCGUUUGGUUGGGCUAAACCGAAUUCUACUUCAAACUUGAUGUUGAAUGCUGAUGUUGUGGUUACUGGGAUUAGAGAGGAUGGCUUCCCGUUUGCUGAUGAUUUUUAUAUCACGGAGUCCAGUGUGUGUUCUGUGAAGGAAGGUACAGCUACUGGGGUUUGUCCUGACACUGUGUAUGAAGAAGCAGAUUCAGUUGGUUCUUCGGUGAAUAACACAAAACUGGUUUACGGGCAUAGGAUAGAUGGAGUUUCGUUUGUUAGGUAUAGGAGACCGUUGAAUGAUAGUGAUAAUAAGUUUGAUUUUCCUGUGAAUUCAACUGAAAAUCUGACAGUUAUUUGGGCACUUGGGGUGAUAAAACCACCAGAUGUUAUUAAUCCUUACUAUCUCCCCGUGAAUCACGGCGGUGUGGAAUCAGAAAACUUUGGGCAUUUUUCGCUUAAUCUUUCGGAUCAUGUGGAUGAAUGUUUGGGACCAUUAGAUGCAGAAAACAAGUAUGAUCAAGAUGUGAUCAUUGCUGAUGCCCACGCACCUCUUGUUGUCACGGCCGGACCAUCUGUGCAUUAUCCAAACCCUCCAAAUCCUUCAAAGGUUCUGUAUAUUAACAAGAAAGAAGCGCCGGUACUGAAAGUGGAAAGAGGGGUUCCUGUUAAGUUUUCAAUAGAAGCAGGACAUGACGUUUCUUUCUACAUAACUUCAGAUUUUCUUGGUGGGAAUGCUUCUUUAAGGAACAGAACUGAGACAAUCUAUGCGGGUGGGCAAGAAACUCAUGGAGUACUGUCGAGUCCAUUGGAGCUGGUUUGGGCUCCUAAUAGAAAUACACCUGACCAACUGUAUUAUCACUCAAUUUUUCAAGAGAAAAUGGGUUGGAAGGUUCAGGUUGUUGACGGUGGACUUUCGGAUAUGUACAACAACAGUGUUAAUCUAGAUGAUCAGCAGGUUAAGUUCUUUUGGACCAUAGUAGGGGAUUCAAUAUCGAUUGCAGCUCGUGGUGAGAAGAAAAGUGGGUAUCUUGCAAUUGGUUUCGGUAGUGAAAUGACAAACAGUUAUGCUUAUGUUGGUUGGUUUGAUAGAAAUGGAACAGGGCAUGUAAAUACUUACUGGAUUGAUGGAGAAUCCGCUUCGGCUGUGCAUCCUACAACCGAAAAUAUGACAUACGUGAGAUGCAAAUCUGAAGAGGGAAUCAUCACACUGGAGUUUACCCGUCCCUUGAAACCGUCAUGCAGUCAUCGAGAUAGACCAGAAUGUAAGAAUAUGAUAGAUCCCACAACUCCUCUUAAAGUGAUAUGGGCAAUGGGUGCUAAAUGGACAGAUGGUCAGUUGACUGAGAGAAACAUGCACUCGGUUACAAGUCAAAGACCUGUCCGUGUAAUGUUAACACGUGGAUCCGCUGAGGCAGAUCAAGAUUUAAGACCGGUCCUGGGGGUUCAUGGAUUUAUGAUGUUCCUUGCUUGGGGAAUUCUGCUUCCCGGUGGAAUAUUAUCUGCUAGAUACCUGAAACACAUAAAAGGCGAUGGCUGGUUCAAGAUUCAUAUGUAUCUUCAAUGUUCUGGACUAGCUAUCGUCUUCCUUGGCCUCCUCUUCGCUGUAGCUGAGCUUAAUGGUUUCAGCUUCAGUUCAACCCACGUCAAGUUUGGUUUCACAGCCAUAGUUUUAGCUUGCGCUCAGCCCGUGAACGCUUGGCUAAGACCUGCGAAACCUGCUCAAGGAGAAUUAAUCUCUUCGAAACGGUUAAUCUGGGAGUAUUCUCAUUCGAUCAUCGGUCAAUCAGCUGUUGUAAUUGGAGUUGUCGCGCUUUUCACAGGAAUGAAACAUCUGGGAGAAAGGAAUGGAACUGAAAACGUAGACGGGCUUAACUUGGCCCUCGGGUUAUGGGUCUUCCUCUGUGUGGUUACUGUUGCGUAUCUGGAGUACCGGGAACGAAGAAGAAGAAAAGCGAGGAAUCUAAGCAGAGGAAAUUGGGUUUUGGGGAAUGUUGAAGAAGAUGAUUCGAUUGAUCUAAUAGACUCGAGAGGAGGUUUCAGAGAUAAAGAUGAUGAAGAUAGAAAUGGAGGGAGGAUGGAAAUUCAGUUAGAGCCGUUGAAAUAAUAGUAACUUUUUUUUCAGAUUCUUUUUUUUUUCAUUACCGAACAAGAAAAAAAAACAAGAGGGAGUUUUGUCUUUUACUUAUAAAUGCAACGGUCGAUAUAUUGUAUCUAUGCAUUAGAAUUGUAUACUUUUGAGAAUUUGAGUUUUAUAUACUACACAAUCAGUUUUGAGUUAUUUUUACUUGACUCUUGACUCAUUAGGCUACACAUAUCAUAUAAAAAGGACACUUAAAC